GCGGUGGAGAACUAGAGAGAGAGAGAGUGAGUGAGUGAGGGGUUUACUUAAGUAGUGUAGUGUUCUCUCAGAUUCAGACCAAACCUAUUGACUCUUCUUCUCUCCGCUGGUUGGAAACUCUUUUGGCUAUGGCAUUGGUCUCAGAGAUGGUGGCUCAGGUUCCUUUCCUCACCGUCAUGGAGGAGUUGCCCUCUCUUCUCCAUGCUGUGGCCGCCGACACUCUCAUCUCCGCCGUUCAAUCCCUCACUCUGAUUGGAUAUCUGCUGACUAUGAUCACUGAUUUGGUGCCACCAAAGUUGAACUCAAAGGAUGGAAGGUUUUCGUUAGAAGACCUUUUGGGGAGGAAACCUGCUUACCUAGCAAACAAGGAUAGUGAAACAGAGGAUGAUGAGGACGGAGAUGAUGAAGAUGAUGAUGCAGACGAUGAUGAUGAUGAUGAGGGAGAGGACUACUCAGGUGACGAAGGUGAGGAAGCAGAUCCUGAAGAUGAUCCUGAGGCUAAUGGUGCAGGAGGAUCUGAUGAUGGGGAGGAUGAUGACGAUGAGGAAGCCGAUGAUGAAGACGAUGAUGACGGGGAGGAUGAAGACGAUGAUGAGGAUGAAGAGGAAGAAGAGGAGACUCCUCAGCCACCAGCUAAGAAGAGAAAGUGAGAAUUAUAUCAGUAGGAAAUUGUUUUCAGGGAAUGAACUUGAGUCGAGCUUAGUGAUUAGGACAGACAAAUUAGCAACCUUGAGUAAACCUAUCUCCUUUAUUUAUAUGUGAAUGAGGAUAAUUAUUGUUAUAUUAGCGUUUCUCGUUGGUUCUA